AUGAGCUGGGCCGCUGCGAACGUCCCAAAGGGUGAUAGCAAGGAUGAUCCUUCCAAAGUGAGCAGGAUCCGAAAGCGAGGAGAAACCGUCGAAGCCGCCAUGAGUCGUCUUUCCAAGGCGUAUUCCACGGCGAUGGAAUGCAUCGGCUCUAUGCACUCGCUGAACACGGCCAUGCUCAAGAACUCCAAAGGAGGCACAGAAGAAGAAAAACAAGGUAGUGAUUAUUCUCAGUCGCUGCGGAAAAUGGCCAAGGCAGGUCGUGACAUUCUGGAACAGGCCGUCCUGUUGGAUCCUCUGGUAAUGGCUCAUGCUCCUGCUCUGCAAGUAACGAUGCAGCAAUAUGCCGCAAGACAAAGCGAACAAACCAAUCGCUGGGCGGCACUCCUCAAACCAAGGCCAGAACCUCCUCAGAUAUCCUCCAAGGCUCACCGAAGCACUAUUCGACAGUUAACAUAUCUUUCACUGACCAAUUAUAGCGAUCUCUUGGUGGCGGCUUGUACCCACCAUUCGACCUCUUCUACAGGCCGCGAUUUACUGGAUACAGGUGUGGUGCAAAAAAUCAAAGGUUUCACAAAAGAUUCGACUUGUUGUUGGUCGGAAGACUCGGGAGAAGACGUCCAACGGUUGGCCUUGGUGGCGCUAUGUGAUGCGGCAUCGUUGGAUGGAACUGACCCAGUGGUUUGGUUGAAACUAGCUUGUGCCGCCCGGGCAUUGUGGCAUGGUAUACAAGCCGAUACCACUACUACUACUGGUGGUAGUACCGACAACCAACUUAAUCCGUUCCGGAGACUGGAACGACAUGCCCUGGAGAGCGGUUUCGUGGCACUGCCUCCACAUACACCCCCCAAUAGAGCUCUCACGUUGGCACUGGAUGGUCUCAGAGCCGCUGAUGAUGAAGGACCGGACUCCUACCCGCCACAACUAGUCUCGACACCGCAAAAGCACACGUUGAACCUUGACCUGACACGAUAUUCCUGGUCCUUGUUGGGACGUGCGCUCAUUCGGGCAGUCCGGGAGGGACAGGACGCCAAUCACAACAACGACGAAUCCAUGACACAAACUCCCACACGACAACCGCAUCAACACGUGGCUCAGUUUGGAUCUCCUACAAUAUCCCUGGCUAUAUCGCCCAUGUUACUUCUUCCUUCCUCUGUUCUAACCAUGAUAUUUUCCUACUUGGAAAACAGUUCCAUUUGGAGAUUGGAGGCAACAUGCAGGGCCUUAUCGGUGUCGAUCAUGGCUUUUCGUGCCGUAUUGGAAAAACAGCAAGGUGCAAAAAAGGAUGAAGAGUCAUCAGAGCCUCCAGCAGAUCCCAUGGACAUGGAGGUUUCAACAACAGAGCAAGGACAGUCACAGGAACACCAAUCAACAGAGCCCCCAGCAGAUCCCAUGGACAUGGAGGUUUCAACAAGAGAGCAAGGACAGUCACAGGAACACCAAUCAACAGAGCCCCCAGCAGAUCCCAUGGACAUGGAGGUUUCAACAAGAGAGCAAGGACAGUCGCAGGAACACCAAACAACACCUGGGGAAGAACAACCACCACAACAGGAAGAACAACCAGGACAAGAAGAAAAGCAAGCAGAGCAGCAGGAAGAAAAGCAAGCAGGGCCUCAAGAUGAAGAACCACAGCAGAAUGAUCACCAAGCAAAGCAACAGGAUGAGCAACCACAGCAGAAGCAACAGGAAGCUAGACCUCAAGAGGAUCAACCACUGCAUAGCAAACAACACGAAAAACUGCAGGAAGAACAACCUAAGCAAGACGAACAGCAAACAUUGCAGCAGGAGGGAGAUUCACAGCAGCAGAAGGAGCAGAAAACAGAGCAGCAGAAGGAACAGCAAACAGAGCAGCUGGAAGAACAACCUAAGCAAGACGAACAGCAAACAGAGCAGCAGGAGGGAGAUUCACAGCAGCAGCAGAAGGAAGAACAAGCAAAGCAGCAGAAGGAACAGCAGCAGCAGGAGGAACAGCAAAAAGAGCAGCUGGAAGAACAACCUAAGCAAGAUGAACAGCAAACAGAGCAGCAGGAGGAAGAUUCACAGCAGCAGGAGGAACAGCAAACAGAGCAGCUGGAAGAACAGCAGCAACUGGAAGAACAGCCAAAGCUGCAGGAGGAACAACCUAAGCAAAAGGAACAGCAAGCAAAACCUGUAGAAGAAAAAACACAGCAGAUGGAACAGCAAGAGGGACAAUCGCCUCAGAAGGAACAGCAAGCAAAAUCAGAUAAAGAACAGCCACAGCAAGCAAAACCUCCAGAGGAACAAUCACAGCAGCAGACUGAACAUCAAGUAGAGCGGCAAGAAGAACAAGGAAGGCAGCAAGAGGAACCGCAAUCAAAACCUUCAGAAGAGCAAUUGCUGCAGAAGGAACAGCAAGAGAGAGAAACACUGCAGAAGGAACAGCCAGCAAAACCUCUAGAAGAACCACCACAGCAGCAGAAGGAACAGCAAGAAGAAGCACAGGCAAAGCAGCAAGAACAACAACCACAGCAGGAGGAACAACCAGCAAAACCUCCAGAAGCAAAGCCACAGCAAGAGGAAGCACAACCACAGCAGCAAGAAGAACAACCAGCAAAACCUCCAGAAGCAAAACCACAGCAAGAACAACCACUGACAGCAUUGCCACCAGAGGAACGACCACAGCAGAAGGAACAGGAGCCAAAACCUCUACAAGAAGAAGAGCAUCCACAGGAAAGCAAAGGCAGUGCAAUACAAUCUACAGCAGAGGCAAACAACGCGGUGAUUGAAAACCGUCAAGAAAAGGCAACAACAGCAGAGGGAAGCAACAAAACAUCAGACGUCAACGACAUGGAGAUUGAAAACGCAAAAGAAACAAAAGAAGCCGAAAGCAAAACCACUCAAGAGACUGGAGCAGAGGAAAACAGAAGCAGCAAGGAAGCUACAAAAGAGAGAAAGCAGCCAAAGGAUGAAACUGUUCAAGUCGCUGCCGAGGAGCAGGAUAAUGGUAUCGCUGCAGGCAGUGCCGCAGCACCUGCUCCAACCAAUACGUCUCACGAAGGGAAUGCUGAUACAAAUGCACCUGCAAGUGCUGUUAAUAGGACGACUACUGCAUCUACCAGUAACACUGGAAGCAGCCAGAGAUCGGCCAGAUCCAGCAAACGCACUGCGGAAGUUCCUGCGCGAGUCAGUCGCUCGUCGAAGCGCGUUCGAAGUCAACAGAUUUCCUCCGACAAGAAGGAUGAGCGCCGUCGCAGGCGAAAGUGUGUGGGAUUUUGUCUCCGUGCUGCAACCCUAGCCUGCUCGGUAGAGGAAGAUAAACCAAGAGAUGUCGUGGGUCUAGUCGACUGGGACUUGAUUCGCGGCGAGGGCUGGAAGCUUCCCUCGACGCUCGAAGGACGUCAGUCGUUGCAGGCCAAGGGAAAGCAACCCGCAGCUGAAGAGUCACGUCAGAGCUUUGAAGCUGAAGAAAGAGUCGGUGGCACUUCACUGUCUGCUUUUCUGAGGCGCUUAACCUCCAAAAGAGGAAGAGCUCUUGAACUGCUGCAGCAGUACCUAGGCCACGUGGCUGUCAACGUUGAAGCGGUCUUUCUCGUUGAUCCUGGCGACAACAUGGUACUGACAACGACUCUCAAGGGGUGUUACGAAUUGCUUUCCCACCAUAGAUUUCACAACGCAAUCGUACCUAGUUUUUUUGAAGAGGGGAAACAAAGCUUAUCUGUCUUGUCGACGCAAGAAAAGUUGGAGCUUCUGGCGAUUGAUGUGUUGCAUGCAGAGCUAAGGUUCAAAACAUGUGAGCGCCAACAGGAUAUGUUGUAUGAUUUUGACGGCGACCCGAACUUUGUUAGCUUGAUGGUUUCGGUGCUGUUGCGUGGUGUCUCGCGGCUCGAUGACGAAAUGAAGGGAACAGAAUGGGAACGGGAUUGGUUGAAACUCAAGGCCAGAGUGAAUUGGCUAGUUGCGGGUAUCUUUCUGUGGAGGUCACGAAUCACCAAUUGUGUUGGCGAAUCCAUCGACGCGGAAGAGCAAGGUCUUGAAUUCAUCGACGCGACCGUCGAGUGCUUGGACGGGUCGCUGGAUCUCCUUCGGGAAUUGGCUACUCCGCAUCUCCUGUCCCCCGGACGAAGCGGGGCUCACUGGAAAGCGCUCUCCAAAGAGAGCCUGUCUGCUUACAGGGAAGAAAUCGAAGCAUCCUCCCUCAUUUCGCAAGCACAGCAUCAGUUUCAAGAGCGAGUGGCGCUGAUUGUGAAGCGCACCAACGCAGAAGAUAUGUCCACUUUGGAGGAAGGGGAUGUAUCCGCGUUCGCUGGGAUAUGCGAUACGCUGUUGAAGCGAUAUGGCGCCGAAUUUGGUGAGGAGGGGAGCAAACACAGGGAGCUUCUGGACAACCUGAUGUCAGUGGCCGGAGAUGAGACGUUCCAGGGUCCCGCUCCGCCUGUUUCUACUUCCGAAGAAAACGAUUUCCGCUCUGAAGGGCUUGAUGCGAUUAUCCCGGUCGGGUCUUUUGAUGCAAGACGGCUGUCGAAAAUGUCCAACCCCAGCAUAUUGACAAUGCUUGUGUCCUGCCUUCAGGUGGUUCCUGGCAAACAUGUUGAGGUGGUGCAAACAUUGACCAGGCUAGUGUUGACUUGCCUGGAUCGAUAUGCUCAGAAGUGUCAAAGCGAAGCUCACGAAAAGCAAACGCAAACGCAGCCCGAUGAAGACGAAAGCGACAGCGAGGAUCUGGAUUCAACUGACAUGGAAACGGAUCAGUCAGACAAAGGUGGGCCGAGUGCUGACGCGCUGAAAGUCGGUCGUAUGGUUGUGCGUUUGUUGGGCAAAUUGCGACGAGCUGUGGAGGGUCUGCCAAGCGCAGAAAUGAAGGUGCAAAUCGCUUCUUCCAGAGAGUUUGUUCACAUGCUUCACCAUUGUCUUGCGUUGUGUUCAUCCUGGGCCGACGACUUUGUACGACAACCGUCGGCACUUGAAAGUUUACUCGAUCGCGACGUUUUCGUGUCAACUCGAGAUCUGGUGCAUUCCUUUUUCGCUCUUCCCGAUAUGGAUUGCCUCAAAGAGCUGUAUUUUGGAGGCCUCGCGAGAGUCAUCACCAAAUCACAGGUCUGUUUUGCCUCAUUGGUUCGCGUGCAAGGGACCAUUCGAGUUAGGCGGGCUGUGAGGCAGCGCAUUUGCAUUCAACGUGCCGAGUUUAUCGCUGUAGUACUCUGUGAGGUUGCCCAUCUUCUGUCGGAGAAACGGAAUCUGUUCCGCGUCAACGGAAGUCACAUACUGCGAUCGGAGCUUGUGGCAAACACGAUAUACGAAGCUAAGAACGUGGGGGAACCCUUUCAAGUUUUCGCCCUUUGCGAAUCGCUACUGUGGUUCUGCAUGUAUUCGAGAGACGGGAACGACGAUGCUGCAACGUCGUUCGACAAGCCCAUCAUUCAAUGUUUGAGAGUUCCCCUGGCGACUGCGAUUGUAAGUCUAUGCGGUUCCGCUUCGGCCACGAGACCAGACGCGAGACACACGUCCAAAAGGAAAGCCAAGCACCUGGUUUUCGAUGAAGAGACGAAUGCAGACAGGCUAUCCCUUGUUCACUUCUUGGACUCAGAUGCCAGCGUUCAUGAUUACUCUGAGAACGAAGACGAGAUGCAGCAAGAUGGUUCAAAGAUGGAACUGCUGAGGGUGCUUUGUCACAUCGUACAUUGUUGUGCGAUCGUUUUCGGAAGAAUCGACGAAAAAGAGAUCGUCGCAUUCGACAAAUGCGAGACGUACAAGACGCCUCACGGUCCUUUGUUGCCAUUGGUGGUUACUAGGGUGCUCAACCAUGUCGCCGAUAUCUUGCUCGAACAAUUUGCAGAUGAUGACGAGUCUGAGAGCAACCAGGGUGUUUGGGCGGACCAGUAUCCCUUCGCUACGGGUACCAUCGGUUUACUUCUUGAUUCGGCCUUGUACAAGGCAUACCGACUCUUGUUUGGGUUCACCCUUCAAGGUGGGAAUGAAUUUUACUCGAACAAGGAGCACGUGAAGACUGGCAGCGCUGAUGUCGAAAUUGCCAAAAAGUCUGCUCCAGAAAACGAACACUCGGCAGCUCAGCUGUAUCGAUGCAUCCUGCGAGCGGGAAAGAAAAAGACUCCACCCAGAGCAGCAUUUGAGACGGUGGCCUCCGCAUUGCCACCGCUAGGACAAACAUCGAAGUCAAAAUUGAUGAGAUCAUUCUUGUUCUCAACAGAUUGGGAGAACUUUGAAGUCAAUGCCAUCAAACCAAUAAUAACGAAAGCUCCUGGAUGGCAAGAGCAUUUUGUUCUGGCGGAUCAGUGCUUAAGUGACCAGGAAGAAGACCGGGGCAAGGAUGAAACACAAGAUGCACCUGUCGACGAAGUUGACAUUGUUCAAAAAGGACUCCUCACACAAUUGGCACAGGGUGAUCUCCCCACUUUUUCGAAUGAAUUUGGCGCCAAAGAGGAGGACCAAGCAAUUGAAGAUGCACUGUCGCGGAAGUUCUUCGCAAUUUUCAACACGCUUUGUUUCGGCGACUCUUAUUCAGUCCGUGGGUGGUUCCGGGCUUCCCAAUGCUUGAUGCUCAAGUACAACUUCAUUGCAGAUCGACUGGGCCUUUCUCUUGGUUUCUCCAGGAAUGCGAAUUUCAUCAUCCCAGAACAGCGCCCUCCACGGGUGCAUCGUCUUCCUGUCGCAGCAAUCGAGGAGAAGCAGAAGCAAGAACAGAUCAUGGCAGAGGCUGGGUGGAUUCCUUUCCUGUUCUUAGAAGACUUAUCAUUGUACGUGAAACACCGCUUUUCCGACACAGAAUCACUGAAAUCGUUGUCAGCAUUGGUUCCAAAGGGCCACGGCGAAGGAACAGACGACGCCACCAGACGCUGCCGACGAGUUGACGUAGAAUUGGGGAACAUGCUCGAUAAAGGGUGCCUUAUUGAAUGGCAGCAGGCUUGGGGAGGCAUGUUUGUCUCCGCACUACAGAAGAUGGCAGUACGUUGUAUGUGCAUGGCGGUAUGGCUAUUCUACAAGCUCCCUGAAAAGAUGGAUCCCGAAGACAAGGAGUUAAUGCCGGAAAUAUUCGAGGCAUUGGGGACAACUUUCUAUGCGAGCCUUAUGGCCUCCCAGAGCUACGGAUACCCGAUGCACGUCAUGCCGAAAAAUCGCAAACGAAACCUUGCGUUUGCGUCUCUGGAAUGCUUCCAAAGAGCAGUAGAAGUUGAAAGAGAAUUGGACAGCGAAACAGAGACUUGGGACUUGAGUUUCAUGAUCGGGAAGUGUCACGAAAAAAUUGCCCGGACGUAUGAGCUCGAAGGAUACCCAACCGCAGACGGCUCUUGCCGAAUUUACGAGGAGCACAUGAAAGCAGCACUUGCUGCGUACUGUGCAUCGCUUGAUGAAAAGCCCGCCGAUGGAGUGGAAGCUGGAGGGAGUUCUCAUGGACGUCUUGAGAUAUUUUACAGACUGCACGCCUCUCGCUUGAAGUGCCUCUUGGCGGCUGCUCUUGCGAAUGCAGACGAACGCAAUCUUGCCGAGAAUGAAGCACUUCGACUAACCGAAGAGCACUUUUUUGCUACUACUUCUGGUGAUGCUGACAAGGACAAUUCGAAAGAGCGCAGCAUUCGGGAACGAGUUUGGAGUGUCCUGGCAGACAUCGUGUCGGCACUGGCUCAGUGCAGACAGGACCACGCGUUCUUUCACCGGUCUGUAUACAGACACGCCCAAGCGCUCAUGUGGAGUCCUGUACUGUACGACCCUCGCACUGGUUGGAUAACGGGGAGCCGAGGCAAAAUCCCUCCAUCCAAGAGCUGCCAACUGCGAGGAUGCAACCAAGCGACCAAUGUUGCCAUGAGCGCACUGGCAGUGCUGAGUGUGCUCUUCGAGAAGAAACGGUCACAGCUGGUAGCUGUUUGGGUGACGACAUCGUUUCCCCCCACCGCAUUUGAAACUUUGAACAAUUCCGUUCGGAAAUACGACUCUCUUCGGGGAAAGUACCUUGCUGCUCACUCGGACUGUCUUCGACUCUGUCAGAGUCGAAACGAGCUAGAAACCCUUCUUCGCUGGGUCUCUAGCAGCAAGCGGGACCUUACUGCGGGCUUUCAGAACAGUGUACUGGUAAAGGAUAAGCCUCACACACGAGACUCACUGUUGGAGAAUCGAUCGAUGAUAUCCUCGAAUUUCUUGACCGGAAUCAAGCGCAAAUCAAACAGCGACAUGGCCCACGUGCUGAACCAGGAGCUCCUAAGCGAGGAUAAAGCCGCUGCAUCCGCGGAGGAUCAAUUGAAGCUUGCUUAUGCUUGCUAUCUUCGACUGAACUGCAGCAUCGCAGAGCUCAGAAAGACAGACGCCUGGAAGUAUUCUCCUGGUAGUUUCUGGGAGGUCGAGGCUCUUUGUUCAGCCUACCAGAAAUUCCAAAAGGAUAAAGUUGUCAUGAUGGAAGACCCGAUGGACUGGUCGGGUGGCGGUCAACGGGAACAACUGCUGGGUGCUGCUCUCCGGAAAUGCAAAGAGCUGUUCCCUUCCGUCUCGGCGACUUUCUUUUCCAAAAGGUCGCUGAGCAAGUCCAAAGCAGAAAGACGCGGAAGUGGGAGCAAGGACCCCCCUAGUCAGCUGGCUGGAAAGAAGCGAUCGUUCGAAGUGCAGGUACCCGAUAACCUAAAGCCCGGUGAUACCUUCACGACAACAAUCAUGGCUGGUGAGACGGCGAAGAAAGUGAAGCUUACAGUCCCCGAGGGAGACGUUGACGUGCUGCGUUUUUCGAUUGACGAGAGCACGGACGUAACAGAGAAAUAG